AUGGCUUUCGGCGUUUUUACAUCUCUACUCCACAGAUUCAGCUCGAGGUGGCCCCUGCUACUCUACGCUGCCAUGUGGACCAUUCUCCUUACUGCGGCGGUGGUCUUAGCUUCUUUCUCGCCGGAACUCGCUUACGCAUCGGCGUUAUUGCCGUCGUCGUAUUUCUCGCGGUCGUGUGAAAGAGAUGGUUUUAUUAGGGUUCCGCUGGAGGUCGGCGGAGAGAUUGUUUGUUUGCCGGCUUCCAUGGUCGGUAGAUCGAAGCUUGAUUGGAUUGUUCCUCCGAUUUUUGCUGCAGUGAUUGUGGCCGGAUCUGCCUGGGCGGUCCGAGCCAUGUGUCCGUGGGAGAUUGAUUGA